AUGAGAGGGAAAGUGCUUUCCGCUGUGAAUGACCCAAGUGUGUGGGCGUAUGGUUCAUCUUAUGUACAGAUCAACAUCUACGAUACUAGUGUAGGAGAGCUACGUGAACGAGGAGUCAAUAUUCAAAACAUACUACAAGAUAUUGGUUGUCAUUCUGUUAUUAUGGAUGUGCCUAUUCUUAAAUCGAAAUCAUAUGAGAGGAAAACAGCAGUCGAGGAUUCAAUUGGCGCUGCUGAGGAUGCUCGUCCCUCUGAAAACUUUCCUUGUUUUGACCAAAAACAGUUUCGAGACGUAAGCAGACUAUAUGACACAGUUGUGAAGGAAGAGGAACCCGUCUCGAAGAGUUGUGAAAUUAGUAAGAAAGUCGGUGUCAACUUGAGCUGUUCUAGUGCACUUGCGGGACCUUCAAGUGACAACUGCGGAGAAAACCUAGGUGGUGAAGCGAUAUUUCAAGAUUGCAUUUGCGAAUUUGAAGAAAACGGAAAGUUCCACGAAACUAAUCCAGAAAAAUUGUUCCCGGAGACAUCUCAGAUUUUAAAGGAAUACCCGAUUACACCUCUAUCUACGACUACAAAUAGUGGUGACGCCUAUGAAAGAAAGCACCCGAAUAAUACGGACGGAACGAAAGAAGGGUGUUCGUUUCUGGAAUUUUCGAAAGAGGUUAUGGAUGGUAUGCGUAUUACAAAUUUGAGUCGAACAUGCUCUUCCAAUGGAGAGGGCAUUGUUGGACGAGCAGAGCCAGUACGAAUCACUCAAGAGAACUUAGCUGUUGGAGAGGCGGAAGAAGAGAACGAUGCGCUUGAAAUUGCGGAUACCUCGUACGUCCUGGCGGAGCUCAGUAAUACAGCACAAGCUUUCCAAGAGAAAAUGUCUGACAGUGCCAAGAAACUCACUAGAAAGAAAGUAUUGUCACACAAGUCAAGCCGUAAGCGCGCACGCAGGUCCUCGUCCCAGUCUCAGCAGUCGCCUCCUGAAGAAGAAAGGAGUGAGAAUGCUGUUGAAGCUACUGGACAGAAAUGUACUUUAUUGUCAAGAAAACAGGAACCCACUGGAAAAAUUUUCGAGUGCAAGUAUCCAGGGUGCACUUCGAAGGUGUCCUGGCGACCACGCUACGGUAAAAAUCGCUUAGUGGAUCAUGUUAGAGUCCACUGGGGGAAAGAAGUGAAAAAGUGUUCUUUGUGCACUUAUGUGGCGUCACAUCAGAAAAAGGUGCUCAAUCAUCAUCGGCGCUACCACAAAGGCGUUAAAUUCACUGGAGUCGUUUCACUUGAAACAAACGAGGACAUGGAGGAGUUGGUAAACUUGUGGAAGCAAUGUUUCCCAGGCGCCACACUUAAGGAGUUCCGUGACCCUCAAUGGGCGGGAACUCAAUGCGGCAGACUAGACCGAUCGCUCGUGGAGCCUUCUGUUGAGAAAAUUCCAACAUAUGCUUUGACCCUGGAGGUACUUCUACUUCAAGGCAGCGCACUAGGAACUGAUGAUGUUGGGGUCUGA